GCGUUUCUUGGACGUGGCGGAAUCAGCAAUUUUUCAACGUAACUCUGGCAAUGAAAUCAAGAGAAGAUUGUGCCCCAAAGAAAACCGACGUCGUUCAACAUUUCCACAAAUUAAGCACGGCUAAACGGGAGCUGACGCAGCUGCAGGCGUACACUGAGUACGAGGUGUGCGUGUACGCAUACAACGACGGAGGAGAAAAUAUGAAGUGCGAAGUGUUCCAGACCCUGCCGGAGGAAGCUCCUGGGCCUGUGGAGGAGUUGGCCUCUUCCGCGACGUCCACUUCCAUCAGCCUGCGGUGGAGGAAACCUUGUCCUCCCAUGGCCGCCAUCAGGGGAUACCGCGUCAAGGUGGCUACAGUCACUCACUACGUCCAAGCGUCGGAGUGCAGCGACAGCGCAUCCCAUUUCUGCCACACCAUCAAGGAACUACAACCUGAACGCACCUACAACAUUGAGGUGCAGAGCUGCACCGCCGACGCCAACCACGCAUGUUCGGCUGCUAAGACGACAUCCGUCACGACAGGUCCAGCAGGAAAUGGAUCUUAAUCUUCUAGCGGUUAUUUCUGAGCCACCUCAUCGGAUGAAGCUCCUUCCCGUGUUGUCCCUGUUGGAGGUAUACUGCUGCCCGAGCACCUGAUGCUGAUAACUAUACCUCAUGCCUUCUCUUCUGGUGCUCUUUGGCUGUCAGGAGCCCAUACUUCUACUGGUACACCAGCUCAUCAUCGUGAAAAAGCAGAAAGCCCCUGCAAAACUGGUGCUUUGGAAUGUACGAGUAUAUCUGCAGUUGCUUUUAUAAAUCAACGAGUAGGCUUUACAUUCGUUGCUGAUGCACGAAUCAGAGUUCAUAAUCUAGAAUAUUUUUUAGUUAAGUCACUCUCGUUUGAAGUUUUCUACAUACAAGCAUUGAAAACACAUAUUAGAACGCAAACUACAAUUUUCACUAAAUUUUAUCGCUGAAAAAAUGUAUGUCGAAACGAGAAAUUCAUCACUUCUCAGCCGUGAUGUGACAAACAUAGAAAAAUUCGAGAAAUUUAGUCACUUCGAAAUAAAAAAUUUGUCGCUUGAUGCAGGCUCCGAAGCAAAGUUUCCCGAUUGAGUUUUCACAAUUCCCGCUAUCAGUUUAUACUGGUAUCGUAUGAAAUCCUUGUCUUGAUAAGAGACUGAUAUUUUAUGGUCGAACUUGUGACCUUCUAAAUGCUAGCUUUUAGAAUCAUAUUUUCACUGGCUCGCAUCACACACGUUCAUGUACAACAUACGUCAUUACAUGCGUGAGCAAAAAUUUUAUAAAAAUACAAAAAUCCUUAAGCACGACUAUACAGAUGUCUUCACACGACCAUACAGGCGUCUUCACACGACCAUGCAGACGUCUUCACACGACCAUACAGACGUCUUCACACGACUAUACAGACACCUUC